AUGUCAGCUAACACAAUUUACCUCAUCACAGGAGGAAAUCGAGGUUGGCCCCCACUUUUACCCCUAUCCUACUGCGUGCCUUCCUUACCCCUAUCCCCCUCGCUAACGCAAAGCGAACCAGGAAUCGGAUUCGGCCUAACCGCAACGCUCCUCCUCCGUCCCCGCACCACAGUAAUUGCCACAAUCCGGUCUGAAGCCACGGCCCAGGAUGAUCUGCACGCGCUGCCUGUGGGCGAAAACAGCAGACUGAUCAUAACGUAUCUGGAUCUCUCGUCGUACAGCCCCGAAACGGAAACGGAAAUGGAAACGAAGCAAGCACACCUCCCCCUCCACACCCCGCAAAACCUCUAUCGCGUCCUAACAUCAACCCACCACAUCACCCACCUACACACCAUCAUCGCCUCCGCGGGCCACGGAACAUCUUUCCACGCCCUCGUCUCCACAAGCCCCUCCUCCCUGCUCCAGCAUUUUCAAAUCAACACCCUGGGCCCCAUACGCCUCUUCCAAGCUCUGUAUCCGUUGCUAGAGGGCGUCGAGAGCAAAUUCGUCCUCGUUAGUAGCAGUCUGGGUAGUAUAGCCGCGAUGGACACGCAGGCAGGCACGGAACCGACGCUGGCGUAUGGGGCGAGUAAGGCAGCGGCGAAUUACUUUUGCAGGAAGGUGCAUUUUGAAUGCGGGGGCAUUACGGCGCUGGCUGUGCAUCCGGGGUGGGUAAAAACAGGCAAUGGUCAAGCAUUCGCAGAUGCAGUUGGGGUUAAAGAGCCGCCCAUGAGUUUAAAUGAUAGUGUAAAAGGGGUUUUGAAGCAGGUGAGCUUCUUUUUCUUCAUCAGGUCGGAUGGAAUGGAGGUCGAGGCUAGGUUCACCUUUCUCCAGAGUGUUAGAUGGGAGGCAGGAGAUGGCUGGGCUGGACAGGGCUAA